CGACAUUUUUAUUCACUUUUGUGGAUUUUUACCUUCAAUUAUCGAAUUGCAUUUAGUUUACAGUUAAAUAAACGUUGUUAGCUCUGCAUUCUUUUGUUUGCUUUACAUAUAGAAAACAAAUUUUUUUAAUAAAAUUACAUACAAAGAUAUUCCUAGUCAAUUUUCAUUCCUUUCUCUAAAAUUAGAGAAAAGAGUAUACAAGUACCUAGUUGAAUUGCAACAGUUAAGUUAUUAUACGGUCAAUACAUAAGUAGAAAUGAAUCUUUGUAUUAAAAGUUUCACCUGCAUAUGUAUAAUCAGCUGUGUAAUUUCGCUGCCGUUAACAUUGGGUUUCGAGUCAAGUCAAGAUAAUACAACCAAUACGAUUGCUAGCACUACAGAACCAGUAACAAGUGUGUCAGAUAAGAAUUUAAAUAAUCAAACUACCAUCCCUACAACUGCUUCAGCGAUAACGACCGAAAAAACAACAACAACUCCUAGCACAACAACUGCGAGUGCUGACCCAACCGAACCAGAUACAUCAACUACAGUUGCUCCUAACACUACUUCGACUAAUACCCCUAAAACUACUGUUCCUCCAAUAACAACCUCUACCACACCGCCACCUCCUCAGCCUUGUCGCAGAUUUGAUGGACCUUCCUUUAUCGGAGGAAGUGUUUUAUCUAUGGGUUUAGUAGCUAUUUCUUUCAUUUGCUAUAAAUUUUACAAAGCACGUAAUGAAAGAAAUUAUCACACACUGUAGAUAUAUACAAAUACC